UCCGGACUUCCUGUAUAUGGCAGAUCUGGAUAACAGCAACGGCGACCUCGGGCAGAUCUCAUGCGCCAUGAAGGCACAAGCGACAGCAGCUUCUCCGACCACAUUUAGGAUGGUUUUGUAGCCGAACAGUCGCUUUGAGAUUCUUUAAGCAGCGAGAGGAAGAAGAAGAAAAAGAAGAAAAAAACAGCGGAAGAAAAGUAAAGCUCAUUGCUACCUUUCGCCUGUACGCCAAAGUCAAUGCGCUCCAUCUUCCCAGUGCUGGAGCUGCUCUACCGGCACUUUCUAAACGCAUCAGAUCUCUAAACCAAAGCGAUCAAAGCCAGGAGCCAUCGAGGAGCAUCUCCUGGAGGCUAUCAGAGAGCUUCCGGCUCGUGCUGCUUCACCUGGCGUGAGAGAGAGCCAAGAAUCAGAAGAGGAGAGGGGAAGGAGCAGUGUCCUUCGACCCCCUUUCCAUCAAUAUGGACUGGUUAAUGGGGAAGUCUAAGACGAAGCCAAAUGGAAAAAAGCCGCCCAUAGAGGAGAAGAAGCCGUAUCUCGAGCCAGACUACACCAAAGUAAGGGUCGUCGACUUCGACCUCAAGGAGCUGGUGGUGUUGCCACCCGAGAUCGACCUGAACGAAUGGUUCGCCAGUAACACCACGACGUUCUUCAAUCUAAUCAACUUGCAGUACAGCACGGUGUCCGAGUUCUGCACAGGCGACACGUGUCCCGUCAUGUCGGCCUGCAACACGACGUACUACUGGUAUGAUGAGAAAGGGAAGAAGACAAAAUGCACAGCGCCGCAGUACGUAGACUUCGUCAUGAGCUCGGUCCAGAAACUUGUCACCGAUGAGGACAUCUUUCCCACUAAGUAUGGCAAAGAGUUCCCGAACGCCUUCGAUUCGCUGGUGAAGAAGAUCUGCCGCUACCUGUUCCACGUGUUGUCGCACAUCUUCUGGGCUCACUACAAGGAGACGGUGGCCAUGGAGCUGCACGGACACUUAAACACGCUCUACACGCACUUCAUCGUCUUUAUACGAGAAUUCAACCUGAUGGACCCCAAGGAGACGUCAAUAAUGGACGACCUGACCGAGGCCCUGUGCACGCCCUUGCCCCCUCCUCCACAGAACCACGUAACAGAGAGAUGAGGCUCGCACUUGUUCCCCCCUCCCCCUCCCUCUAUGCUCUAGGGAGGACAAGAAGGACCCGCCCAUUCACCUCCCGCAAACUUCGCUCUCUUUUUUACAACCGGUCAGGAUGGGUCGGCCUGGACUGCGGGUGCAGCACUCACCCCAAUCCCAUCCCACCGCCUCCCCUUGCCGGAGGCUUUACUGUACUGCGAGCCCUUUAACCAGGAAGCAUUCACUUUUCACCUUCUGGUCAUUCGAUAUUUUUAUUUGUGUUUUUUUUUGUUUUGUUUUUUGUUUGUUUUUUGUCGGUUUGGUUUUCUCAUGCCCAUGUACUAUGAGGUUGGGUUGGGAGUACGUGACAAUUGUUUUGGUUUGUAUAUUCCUCUUGACAUCCCCAUUAGAACGAAAAGAUGUCAGGAAGAUACUAGAGGCACUGCUUUUCUGUACAGUUUAAGAAGACGGGACCGUAAAUCCUGCUCGGUCUUCUUAGUCAUAUAGGUGGAGUUAUUGUUUGUUUUUUUGUUUUGUUUUGUUUUUUUAUAUCUUGGAGGUAUAAUGAGUGUGAAAUUUAGCCCUUCAGGAUCAGACUGUUUACCCAUAAUCCUUUACAGUACAUCUGACUACUUUCCACCCCAAGAUGCUCAUUAACCCAGCAUCUUACACAAUGGCUGCACUUUUUAAUUUUUCCUCUUUUUUCUUUCUUUCCUCCCCCCAAUAUACUAGGCAAUUUAGACAGACCCCCACUUAUGCCCCUCUCAGCACCGGAGCAUAUCACAGGCGGCCGAUUGGAUCCACCUAGAGAGCGGCACCAGUCCGAAAGCCUCGCUUCGUUGUGCUUUUUCCAUUACGAGGCACAAUGACAAAGACAUUCUGUCUGCUACAUUUGAUUGUUCCAUAUCCCAUAGAAAAGUACAUCAGAAUCCCCCCCCAAUUUCAUGUUCACUUUAAAGAAAAAAAAAAAUAAAGUCUAAGGGAACAAUUCGAUUGAAAUCAUAUCCGAUCCGACGUAUCGGCCCAGGCUCGCUUUGCAAGGACACUUUCGAAACGGAAAAGUGGCAAAAGAAUGUAAAAAAAUAGUCUUUGUAUUUAACUGUAUGAGAAAAAUUAUCCAGAGUGAAUGAAUGCGAGAGAGAGAGAGAGAGAACGAAAGGGGAAAAAAAUCGAUGUAUGUAACCAUGAAAGAGACAAAGAAAGAUAUUUUAAUGUCCUCCCUUCAUCACUGUUCAGAGAGUUCAGUUGAACUUCUCUUAUUAGAGGGUUGGAUGUUGUUCAUUUUUAUUUAUUUAUCAUUUUGUUCCCCAUUUGCUUUAGUUUUGGCUUUUUUUUUUUUCAGGACACGAUUCUGUCUU